CGCGCUUACAGCUUCUCGCGGCAUGCCUAACCGCCUCUAGAUCAGCCCCGUUCCCCGUCCAGUCACACACUCAAUGGCGGCUCCCGUUCUCCCCGUUGCGCCGCUGGCUCCCGCGCACCUGUCGCCCUUCAUCUCCGCCCGCCGGAGGUCCUCGUUGGCCUCCUCCGACCCGCCGCGUCGCCGCGGGACGGGCCCGUCGGUGCGCGCGUCGUCGUCGGCACCGGCGGUGGUGACGAGCGGGUGGGCGCCGGACAGCUGGAGGGCGCGGCCGGCGCGGCAGAUCCCGGAGUACCCGGACGCGGCGGCGCUCGGGGAGGCGGAGCGCACGCUGGCGUCCUUCCCGCCGCUGGUGUUCGCGGGGGAGGCGUGGACGCUGGAGGAGCGCCUCGGGGAGGCGGCCAUGGGCCGGGCGUUCCUCCUGCAGGGCGGCGACUGCGCCGAGAGCUUCAAGGAGUUCGGCGCCAACAACAUCCGCGACACCUUCCGCCUCAUGCUCCAGAUGGCCGUCGUCCUCACCUUCGGGGGCCAGAUGCCCAUCAUCAAGGUUGGAAGGAUGGCAGGCCAAUUUGCAAAGCCAAGAUCGAACCCAAUCGAGACUAGAGAUGGAGUGACGCUGCCGUCCUAUCAAGGUGACAUCAUCAACCACGAUGAUUUCGAUGAGAAAUCGCGUGCACCAAACCCUCAAAGGUUGAUUAGAGCCUACAGUCAGUCUGCGAGCACCCUGAAUCUUUUGAGAGCAUUUGCCCAUGGAGGAUAUGCUGAUCUUCAGAGAGUCACCGAGUGGAACCUCGACUUUCUGAGGCACAGCACGCAGGGAGACAGGUAUGUGGAGCUUGCCCAGAGGGUUCAUGACGCCAUCGGGUUCCUGCUUGCUGCUGGUCUGCCUCCUCAGCAUCCCAUGAUGACCACAGCUGAAUUCUGGACAUCCCAUGAGUGCCUUCACUUGCCAUAUGAGCAGGCACUGACCAGGGAGGACUCCACUUCUGGCCUCUAUUACGACUGCUCCGCACACAUGCUCUGGGUUGGGGAGAGAACUAGGCAACUGGAUGGUGCUCAUGUUGAAUUCCUCCGCGGUAUUUCCAAUCCUGUCGGCAUAAAGGUGAGUGAUAAGCUUGAUUCAUCGGAGCUUGUGAAACUCUGUGAGAUUUUGAAUCCUCACAACAAGCCCGGGAGGCUGACACUUAUCACAAGGAUGGGGGCCGAGAACAUGCGUGCCAAGCUCCCCCAUAUGAUCAGAGCCGUGCGUCAAGCAGGGCUGAUUGUCACCUGGGUCUGCGAUCCCAUGCACGGGAACACCAUCAGCGCACCUUGCGGGCUCAAGACAAGAUCAUUUGAUGCAAUCCGGGCUGAGCUUCGGGCUUUCUUUGAUGUACAUGAGCAAGAGGGGAGCUACCCCGGAGGGGUUCACCUAGAGAUGACAGGGCAGAACGUUACAGAGUGCAUUGGUGGAUCCAACACAGUGACCUUCGACGAUCUCAGUUCCCGCUACCGCACGCACUGCGACCCCAGGCUGAACGCGUCGCAGUCGCUCGAGCUGGCAUUUGCCAUUGCCGAGAGGCUAAGGAAGAAGAGAGACAGGACAUGGACUAGCCUGAUAUCUAAAGUAGAAGCUUAAGAUAUCAAUCUUAGAUUUCUUCCCUGCAAAACUAUCUUCAGCUGCUAGAGGACAUAAUUUUGCAUUCUUUAGUUUUUUUGGUAGUAUAGGUCUCGUUUGAUUUUGGAAAUGCCGAGGAAAAAUCUCCCUCAAAUAAUAGGAUAUAGCUGUUUUGGUGCA